CUUCUCGUUUGUGCGCAUGUUAUCCCGAAGGCUUUGCUGGCAUGAAGACAUUGCUUAAGGAGAGCAGUAGGCAAGGCAGGAGGAAGAGGGUUUGAUAGAGUGUUGUUACAUGUUGUUAAUGUCAACUUUUAAGUUUGCCAUCAUACCACAUCGAAAGCGGCAAAGGGGGGGGGUCAGUUGCCCGGACUUAGCUCAGAUGACUUCUACACAGUGACUGCAGAAGACUUUGUCACUGUUUUCUUAGCGGUUGAAACUAAGCUAUUUGACCAUAUUGACCAAUAAUUCAUGUACCAGUUGUUCCAUUCCUUUCCUUCUGCCGUCUCCUUACCUUGCAUAAAAGCAAGCUGCCAGCUGCUGCGCCACUCGGUGCCGCUUCUGGCCCAAACUGGUGGGCUGUUUCCCAUCCAGGAGUGUCCUCCCUCUUCGGGCCCAUGGUGGUCGCGUCGCGUUGGUUGCACCGCAUGCCAUGGCGCACCCGUCUUACGACAUCUCUGAGAUCAUGGGCAGAGUGGCAGACAAGGUGGCAGCUAUGGAGCCAACGUCACCUGAGGUGAUCCGGGCCGUCACGGCUUGCCACGCCUUGCGCUGUGGACGAGGGAUUUCCAGGCAUGAGUACCGAAAGAGCUUUCCGACCACUCAGAUCAAGCAAUUCUGGAGUCACAGCUGGCAAGGUGGCUGGCGAAGUAAGAUCACAACGUUGCUUUUCCUCCAUAAUCACAUACCAGCCGUGAUUUGCUCCAGCUUGGGAGCUCUUGUGGUUGCAAGCCUUUUCGCAGCCAAGCUUCUCCCGGGCCCUGAGUGGGACAAAGAGCUGUGGAUUUAUCCCCGUGGCUUUUGGGCGAUGCUGGUGGGGCCUGUGAUAUACUUAUUGGUUCUCUUGCUUUGGCAACCACAGCAGUCGGUUUUCCUUGACAUCAUGUGCAUUGACCAAGAGGAUCCACGCCAAAAGGCAAGCGGAAUGUUGAGCAUGGGGGCCUUCCUGAAGUGUUCCAACUCACUGUUGGUUUUGUGGGAUCCCUCGUACACGCGUCGCUUGUGGUGCAUCUUUGAAUUAGCCGCCUUCCUGCACACCCGCCCGACGGGCAAGAAGUUCAAGCUCUUGGUGCGGCCGCUGAUUUUGGGACCCUGCUCAGUUCUCCUGACGCUGACCAUGGUGGUGGUCGUCAUUGCCAUUGGCUGGGUUCCACAACGAGACGGCCUGGCAGGAUCAGAGGCGCUGUGGGGCGGUCAAGUCUUGGUUCUGUUCAUCGGCUUGUGGGCCAUGAUUUCCGUGUCUCGCCGGUACUUCCGAGCUGUGGAGCAGUUGCGAAACGAGUUAUCCCAUUUCUCUUUGGAAGAGACCGAGUGCUUUUGUUGCCAGAGAAACCAUGUGGAUCGUUCUGGGAAUCCGAUCCAGAUAUGUGAUCGGAUGGUUUUACUGCAAUGUAUCCGUACCUGGUUUGGCACAUUAGAAGUCUUUGAGCAGAUGGUGCGAAGAGAGGUCCUGAAAUGCCUUUUGGAAGAGCUUUCAUCGCAGUUCUUCACAUACCGGCAUUGCAUUACUGCCACCAUUCCCUUGCUGUGGUCGCAUCUAGACAUGGCAGGGGCCAUGCUGCACUACCUUGAUCAAUGGCCGGGCAGAACCUGGCGAUCUGCCCUGGAUGUGGCCAUCCUUCGCGGUGCUGGGUGGUGGUUGGGGGUUGUGCCAACUCUCUUGGUCUUUAGUAUGAGAUUGUCAUGUGCUUUUCGGAAGAAACGUGAAGGACCAUUCUGCGACACUUUGGUCACCUUUGGCAUCCUCCUGUGCACUGUCGCAGCAUUUGCGGGUUUUGUGCAAUUCGAACGGUACAUUAUGUUUCUUGUGGGUAUUUUUAAGGACAGCUUGGAGAUCGUCGUUCCCCAUUUGUCCGAAUGCGUUUUCCUGCUCUCAGUUCUACUUGCUGCAGCCGUGGCAUUUUUUUGCAUUGGAAUCCACCCAAGGAGUUUCACGGAAGUUGCGUUGCCUCCGCAAAUUGGAGAGCCAGAUAGCCCAAAUGAACCUCCAGCCGUGCUUGGAAGGAAUCAGCUUUCAUUGUGACGCCAUCGGACAUGCGCAUGGCAAAAAUUUGCAAAAUGGCUCGGAAGCACAGCGGAGUCCUUGGCGCUCAUCGAAGAUGAAUGUCAACCUCCGACCAGUAGAGGGCUUAGGCUCGAGCGACUCAUCCCAAAAAAUGCUCGCCAGGUUGGGGACCUUUCCUGGACAAGAAGGAACUCUUUGUGUUUGUCGCAGCAUGUCAGCCAUCUCGUUGAAGCCACUUAGGCCAUGGCUAUUAGGUUGGAGGCCAUUGCUAUUAGGUCAUUGUCUUUGGUGCCGCGUCGAAGCCUAAAUGCUGGGAAAAUACUAUUGCUUUGCACCACUGAAGUUUGCAGGAUCUUCCUGUUCGGGUGACCUAAAGACAAUUUUUGAAAUUGGAC